AUGGAACAUGAGGCUACCCAGCUAGAAAAGCAGCACGUGCACAGUGUGUAUGAAAAUACUGCUGCCUACUUUAGUGAUCUGCAGACCAAAGCAUGGCCUCGUGUUCGGAACUUUCUGCUGGAACAAAAGCCUGGCAGUCUCAUUGUUGAUAUAGGUUGUGGAACUGGAAAGUAUCUGAGCGUCAACAGUCAGGUGUAUAAUCUGGGCUGUGAUUACUGUGAAGGACUGGUAGAAAUUGCAAGGAAGAAAGGUGAUGAAGUUCUGGUGUGUGACAACCUUAACCUUCCCUUUAGGGAUCAGUGCUUCAAUGCAGUCAUUUCAAUUGGAGUGAUACAUCAUUUCUCAACUAAACAAAGAAGAAUCAAAGCAAUAAAGGAAAUGGCAAGGAUAUUGACACCUGGAGGCCAAAUAAUGAUUUAUGUUUGGGCUAUGGAACAAAAGAACCGUCGCUUUGAGAAGCAAGAUGUAUUUGUUCCAUGGAACAAGGCCUUGUGCUCACGCCAUUUUUCAGAAUCAAAUCAAUCUGGAGAUAAAGGUGAAUUUGUCCACACUGCAAAAGGCCAAGACAUACACCCUGCACAGCUUGUCAUCUCUGAGUGCAGCUACCAAAGCAAUCUGCAGCCAGAAACUGAUUCAAAACAUUCCCGUAAUAAGGACCAUUGCUUGUCCAGAGCCUGCUGCAUGAAAAUUUCUGAGGACGAAAACAGAUUUUACAGUGCUCUAGGAAGAUCUUUCCGCUCAUGGUUUUUCUCCAGAUCCCUUGAUGAAUCAGCCCUGAGAAAGCAAAGUGACAAAAUGAAGCAGCUGAAACAUGAAGGAGCAUGGGCAAACACAAUGGUACCCAUUCAACACUCACGGCACUGCAGUUUGGAUUUAGGUCACCAUGGGGCACUGUUAAACAACCAAGGUUUAGAGGAUUAUGAUGAUGUGUUUGUGGAAAGCCUGUCUCUCAAAAAACCACAGUGGUCACCAGCCACAUGUGCACUGAAGGAUUUAAGUUUAAAUGGAGGACACCAAAGUGUAGUUCAGAGUAAGGGGGACAAACCUUCUUUUGUAAAUGGCCCAGUUGAAGACAGGGACUGCAUCUGUGGCUGUAAUAAAGAGGGUUCUGGUAAGUCUGAUGCCAGCAAGUUUUUCAAAAGAACUUCAACAACUGACUCCACUGACUCAGCUUUGGAUUCAGCAGUGUCUGUUGGGGACCAAACUGAUGCCACGUUGGAUCCGAAGGCCUUCAUGCGUUAUUACCAUGUUUUUCGGGAAGGGGAACUCUGUUCUCUGGUAGAAGAGAAUGUGCCUGAGCUUCAGAUACUUUCUUCCUGCUAUGACCAUGGAAACUGGUGCAUUAUUGCAGAGAGAAGAGGAACAUAG